AGAGAAUUGUGUUCUUUGUUUCUCCCCCGGAAUCUUGCAUUCCCGGCGGAGAAGCUCACAUUUCUUCCCGUUGUUCCCUUCUUUGUUCGUAUUGCCAUUUUCCAUCAAUGUUUCUGUAAUCUCUCGCUAUUAGCUUUCGAGACCGAGCAAUGGACAACUUCAGAACCCCAUUCCGUGGGAUCAUUAAUGAUGUCAAAGGAAGAAAAGAGUGUUAUAAACAAGAUUGGAUUGGUGCACUUUGCUCUGGAGGGAGGAUAUUGGCGCCAAGCACUUAUAUUUUCUUUGCUUCUGCUCUUCCCGUGAUCGCCUUUGGGGAGCAGCUGAACAGGGAAACAGAUGGAAGUUUAAGCACGGUCGAAACUCUAACUUCUUCUGCCAUUUGUGGAAUCAUCCACUCAAUAUUGGGAGGCCAGCCCUUGCUGAUUUUAGGAGUUGCAGAACCAACAGUCAUAAUGUACACCUACUUGUACAAUUUCAGCAAAGGACAGGCGGAGUUGGGGAGCAAACUGUUCUUAGCUUGGGCUGGGUGGGUUUGCGUCUGGACAGCUCUCCUCUUGAUUUUUCUUGCAAUAUUCAAUGCUUGCACCAUUAUUACUAAAUUUACGAGGAUUGCAGGGGAGCUUUUUGGCAUGUUGAUUGCUGUUCUUUUCAUACAACAAGCCGUUAAGGGAGUACUGAGUGAAUUUAAUAUUCCAAGAGGAGAAGACCAAACUUUGGAGAAGUAUCAAUUUCAGUGGCUUUACACCAAUGGAUUACUUGGUAUCAUUCUCUCUUUUGGUCUAUUAUACACUGCCCUUAAGAGCAGAACCGCAAGGACAUGGCGAUAUGGGACAGGGUCUAUGCGAGGAUUCAUUGCAGACUAUGGGAUACUUCUUAUGGUCUUGUCAUGGACUGCAUUGUCUUAUACUGUGCCUAGCAAAGCUCCUUCUGGAGUUCCCAGAAGGCUUUUCUCUCCACUCCCUUGGGAACCUGCAUCGCUGUACCACUGGACGGUCAUUGGGGAUAUGGGGAAGGUCCCAGUGGUGUAUAUCUUUGCUGCCUUUAUACCAGCCUUGAUGAUAGCAGGCCUAUACUUUUUUGACCACAGUGUGGCUUCGCAGAUGGCACAACAGAAGGAAUUUAAUCUUAAAAAUCCAUCUUCUUAUCAUUAUGACAUCUUGCUGCUUGGAUUUAUGACUUUACUUUGUGGAUUAUUGGGACUCCCUCCUUCAAAUGGUGUCCUCCCACAGUCUCCAAUGCACACUAAAAGUUUGGCAGUUCUCAAGAAGCAGUUGAUUCGAAAGAAGAUGGUGCAGAGUGCGAAGGAAUGCAUGCAAAAGGAAGCAAGCAAGUCAGAAAUCUAUGGAAGAAUGCAAGCUGUGUUCAUUGAAAUGGACACAUCUCCAACAGAUACUUCAGUAGCUAAAGAUCUAGAGGAGUUGAAGGAGGCUGUAAUGAAAGGUGAAAAAGGAGAAGAAGGAAAGGGUAAAUUUGAUCCUGAGAAGCAUAUUGAUGCUUACUUGCCUGUCCGAGUUAAUGAGCAAAGAGUAAGCAACUUUUUACAGUCCUUCCUUGUCGGCUGCUGUAUGUGUGCUAUGCCUGUAAUCAAGAUGAUACCAACGUCAGUUCUUUGGGGCUACUUUGCCUACAUGGCCGUUGAUAGUUUACCUGGAAAUCAGUUCUGGGAAAGGAUGUUACUACUGUUUGUUGCUCCUCGACGGCGUUACAAAGUCUUGGAAGGGGUUCAUGCUUCAUUUGUGGAGUCGGUACCAUUCAAAUGCAUUGCUAUGUUUACGCUAUUCCAGUUUGUGUAUCUUCUGCUUUGCUUUGGGUUGACAUGGGUACCAAUAGCUGGAGUAUUGUUCCCAUUGCCAUUCUUCCUUCUUAUAAGCAUAAGAGAACACCUGCUCCCCAAGUGGAUUCAACCUCAGCAUCUUCAAGAACUGGAUGCAGCUGAGUAUGAGGAAAUCGCUGGUGCCCCACGCGGCAGCAUGAAUGUCUCAAUGGCGCGGGAACUACUUGAUCCACUUGAUAUUAGGAGCGAUGACACUGAAUCAGACUUCUUUGAUGAUGAGAUUUUGGAUGAGAUGACAACCCGGAGAGGCGAGUUGAAACUUCGAACUGUCAGCUUUGGCGAGGAUAAGUACUACCAGAUUUACCCAGAAGAAACAGGCCGAAGUCAAUGAGUUUUCAAGAAGACAAUACAUUUUGAUGAUUCUCCGGGAAACAAUGUUGAACAAUCUGUCUUUUUGUUUAGAGUCAGUUGAUUACAGAAGAUAAGUCUGCUAAAACCACUAUAAGAAACAAAAGGAAAGCCGAAAUAUAGGCCCGGCCCGGGGGGGGGGGGGGGGGGUGAGAAAACGUACAGUCUGGAUUGAUGAAGACAUAGAGGAAAGGGUGGUUGGGCAUUUAGAAGAGUUUAGAUGGCUUUCUAGCCCUUGAAUCCGGCUCAUGCCUUUGAUGCCAGAUUAAGGGGAUGAAUGAGGUGCGGAACUGUGAAUAUGAUGCGAAAUGGAGACGAAAAGCUGCAGGGG